UGAUACUGUGUUGUUCAAUUUUUGUAGUUUUACCAAAGAAAACUACCGUUAAAAAAUUAGUGACAGUUUUGUACUUUUCACCCAAAAAAGGUUGUGUACAGUUAUUAUCGAAGUACACAUACUGCAAUGUAUCGCAGGUCAGAAAAGGGGAAAUGUAAUGAAGAUUUUAAGGGAAUAAAUGAGAAGAAUUUGGGAAAAUGACAGCUAAGGUGAAAGUUAGAACUCUAGAUGCAAUAUGUGCAAAGUUAAAAUCGAUAAAUGGGGAAGACAAUUCUGAAAUUGCACUCAAAAAGGAGGAAGAUGAUGCACCAAUUACAACUAAAGAAGAUGAAAACCAUCUAGAUAAUACUUCAGUAGAUAAAGUGCUAGACAAUGCAAAAAUUCUGAAAGAAGUUGAAAAAGAAAAUGAUGGUAGGACAUCCAGGCGGAAAAGCAGAAAAGCCUCGGCGCCAAGAAAUAUUGCUCAGGUCAGAGAAAUACUUGAUAAAUUUGAAAGUGUGGAUGAUGGUGACGAAUUGGCAGGGUAUGAAAUAAACAAUCAAAAUACAGACUUUCCACCUGAGGUUGAGGAAGAUACAAGUCUGGAGGAAGAUGACAAUUCGUGUAGGAAUGAAGAUUUAUCUAAAUCUACAGGAGCAGAGGACAGUAGUCCAGUAUCUGUCAGUAUUAAAAAUUCUUUUCACAACAGAAAACAGUCACGAAAACCCCGCAAGUCAACUCAGUCCUUUAGCAACAAAUGCAACAUUAGCAACAACACAGCACCGCUUGAUCUCUCCAUAGCAAAGUCAGCAGAAGACAGCAGCAAUGCUGAAAAAGAUGUUCAGGAAUUAAAUAAGUCUAGUCACAUAAUGCAAACUUCCAGUGAUCAGAGAACUAUGUCUGAUGUGGACUCUGCAAAUAGUCAAACUAAACCUUCUUCUCCAAAAUUCAAGGUCACAGAAAAAACCGAGAAGCAAGAAAUGACAGUAUUAAAAGAUUUUGCUGAGUCUACAAUGAACGAGUUAUUAUCUAUGUACGGAUUCAGUGGUGGAUCUGGAGAAUCAGUCAUUCCACAAAUUCCUUCCAAUAACUUUACAUCUAAUCUUAUUCUUCAUGAACAAACUUCUCGAGAUGUGCCAAAGCUGCAUAUUAGCAAAGCCAUUCCUCCUCUUGUCUCAUCGACUGUUGUUUCAAAUAAUACGGUAACAACAUCCCCUCCAUCAUUAACUGCAACAGAGAAAAAAGGCAUUUUUACCAACUUUGUCAACCAAUCCCCAAGCAAAAGCAACCAGCCCACCAAAAACAUCAAAUCACCCAAUGUUGAAGUGAUAAAGGAUGAUAAAUUUACAAACAGUGCAGCCUACAUUAAGGCAGUGUUCAACAACCAGAGCCCUGGUUCCCCGAGCCCAAUCAAACACCCCGGACUUCCUGACUAUUCCAAAUACCUUAAAAGGUUUAGCAGUGGUACUGAGUGUAAGAUUAAGUACUGCAAGGAGCUUGGAUACAGAGAACACUUCCACUGUAUGGACUGUAACUUCCGUGUCUUUGUCAAGAAGGAAGAGAUGGUCCGCCAUUACAAGUGGCACCGCAAGAGAGAGGAGUCCCUGCAGCAUGGAUUCAUGCGGUACAGUCCCUUAGAUGACUGCUGUCAGAAAUAUGGUAGCUGUACACAUAAUGGCCGCCAAACUCACUACCACUGUCUACAGCCUGGAUGUGAUAAAGUUUACAUCAGUACCUCAGAUGUCCAGAUGCAUGCUAACUACCACAGAAAAGAUUCCGCCAUCAUACAGGAAGGAUUCCAGAGAUUCCGGGCCACAGAGGAUUGUGGGACACCAAUGUGUGCUUUCUAUGGCCAGAGAACAACUCACUUUCAUUGUAGAAGACCAGGAUGUAAUUUUACAUUCAAAAACAAAGCAGACAUGGAAAAACACAAAACUUACCACCAGAAGGAUGAAGUACUGGGUCGUGACGGCUUCAAGAAGUUUAUGAAGUAUGAACACUGUGGUUACAUUGGCUGUAGAUAUUCCAAACUCAGUAAUCAUAUCCACUGCAUCAGACCAGGCUGUAUUUAUGUUCUGCAUUCUACUGCUCAAUUGUUUUCCCAUAAGAGAAAGCAUGAACGUCGAGAUUUUGAGACCGCCUACAGAAAAUUUCGAGAGGACAGCACCGACAUGGAUUCCAGUCUGCAGUUUGGGGGAGGUGUAGUCGGAGAAAAUUCCUCCUUCACAUCUAGUCCCCUUAGUCAUAUGUCCCUCCCAAUAUCAAUUAAAACAGAAAUCACGGAAGAUGAUUUUAAGGAGGAAAGCUGUGACUCCAAGGUCCCCAUGUCUGAACAAUCGAUGGAGGACAGUAAUUCUGAUGUGAAAAGUCUGAAGUCAGAUUGUUCUGACACCAAAGAUAUUACCCAGUCAGAGGAAGAAGCCAUGAUUUUGUCAAAGCAUGCAGAUCAGCUUAGUGGGGAGAAACUGAAUGACUCCCUUACUUUACCUAUACCAGGAUGUACAGCUGUGGGCGAGAAAAGUGACGGGCAGGUCCCAGGUGCAAUGUCUACCCCAACAAAGUCUGAGACUGGUAACUCCAUCAUGCCAAAUACUAUACCAGGGAUAAAAGACUCCUCUCCCAAGGUCUCUCUUCCACUCUCUGUCCCUCCAAUGUUGUUAUCCAAACUCUCCCCAAACACUCAGGAACGCAAGGAGAGAGACGAAUCUUGGAAAAACUACCUCAUCAGAUAUACAGCCAAUGACCCCUGUAACUCUCGCUGUCAGUACCUGUAUAAGGACCAUUAUCACUGCCGAGUGGAGGGAUGUCUGGUCUUAUUUAAGUCUAAAGAUGGUGUUAGAGAACAUGCCAGAUUUCAUGAAUUACAAGACCGUAUCACUCCUGUUGCAUAUACUAUGUAUUCAGACACAGAGGUGUGCCCAGAGAAUUGUCAGUAUAGCGGCAAUCAGAGGCACUACCACUGCAUAUGGUCUGGUUGCACGCAUGUUGUACCACAUGAAGGCCCCACAUUUGGCAGACUGGAACACUACCGCAUUCAUGAGUAUGCUCGAAGCUCUGCUGGAAAGACAUACAAGACUUCACCAAAAUCAACUGAAGAUACACCAAGAAAGAGGGGUCGCCCACCAAAGUAUCCCCGUAAUACCAUCCCUGUCAUCCCCAAGGUAGAACUCACCGAGUCUGAGAUGCUGAAUUCUUCUGGUGAAGACCCAACAGUUAUCAAUGGAUUCAAAAAAUUUGAAGAGAACAAUCCCUGCCCAGACGAGUUGUGCCUUUACAGAAUGAAGGAACAUUAUCACUGUGCUCGCCCGCGAUGUUACCAGGCCACUGACAGGCUAGAUGUCCUCAAUUUGCAUGCCAAAGAUUUCCAUAGCUUUGUCACCAUUUAUGAGGGCUUUGAAUUCUUCGAUAGAAACGUCAAUUGUCGCAGGCCACAUUGCCACAACAACAAGGCUAAUCGUCAUUUCCAUUGUGUGAGACCUAAAUGUGAUUACUCCUUUGUCCGUCACAGCACCAUGAUACAGCACAACAAGAAGCACGAGCAGACAGAGGCUCCCAGCGCAAGCAAAGAAGACCCUCUAGUCCCUCCCUCGGAGACCAUUUCCACAGCUGGAUUCAUUCCCAUUGCCCCGGCUGAUGCCAAAGCUUUGAUCAAAACAUCAGGAACAUUUUAUCCUUUAUCAAGUAUUUCAUCUGGACAGUCAAGUGGUCAGAUGCCUUCAGUUCCAGCUUUAGAUUCAACUAUUUUCCACCCAAUGUCAGUUUCUGGUGCAAUCACAGCUCUGCCCAUGGUAUCAGCAGCCAUUGCUCCAACCAUGUUAUCUCCUGGUCUGAUAGCUAGUGCAGGACACCCUCUACCUUUGGCUGUUCUUUUGCAGCAAGGGGGAAACCCUAUUCCACAACCUAGCUGGACUGAUCUUAAGAACAAGAUGCAUUAUGGUUUGGAACAAAACUGUGGUCGACCAUUUUGCAAACUCAAGAAGAAGGACCACUAUCAUUGUUUUGAGUGCAAUCAAGCUUUCUCUGACAUGAACAGAGUGAAGGCACAUGUUUCUAAACAUGGAUUGAAAUUUGGGAAAAAUGACACCCAGCCAUUAGUGGGAAAGACAGCUUUUCCCAUAACCAUUGCACCAAAGCCUGAUCAAAUGCCAACUGCUACAAACCAGGAUCACGUGACCUCUGACCUAGAGAAAGGUUCAGUCCAGGAUUCUGAUAAUGAGCAUAAUUCAUUGGAAGGUGAACUCAAUGCUUCAGACUCUCUUAAUCUGAAUCCAUCCACCUUCUCAAAUCUUAUUGCUAAAGCUCAAAAAGCUCACUGCACAUCUGAUCUUCAAAACAAUAAUUUGGAUGCAGAUGAUGAUGAAGAUGGAAAAUUGGUUAUAUCUGAGGCUGAAUGUAGCAAUAACGUUGAAGAGGAGACGAUCGACGAAAAUAGUUUUGAGGCUUCUGCUGAUGACAGCAACAUGUCAGAGAAUGUUACCAGCAUUUCUAAGAGGUCAGGAAGAAAACGAGUGAGAACCAAACAUAAUGAUUUUGUUGACAGUGGUGAAAUUGUUGUCAAACAAAGAAGAAUAAGCAGUGGUAGUAUGAGUAGCAAGAGCAACAAAGACGACAGUAUUCCUGAUGGAUAUAUCCGAGUCAGACAUAAGGAUGAUUGUCAGUUUGUUAAAUGUGCCUAUCGCCAGGGUAUCACUCACUUCCACUGCAGGCGUCCAGACUGUGGCUACAGCUUCAGCGAUCGAUCUCGACUCAUUCAGCACACGCUAAGGCACGAGAGAAUCGACAGUCUAACUGGCGGAGAGAUGCAGCAGUUCAGAAUGAACCAGCCUUGUGGACGUGAUGCCUGUGAAUUUGAAGGCAAGGCCUCCCACUUCCACUGUCUGAAGUGUAACUAUAACUGCACAGACUCCAGCAAAGUCCUCACUCACAGAAAAUACCAUGCCAAGCUGGACAACAUCAACUCACAGGGUUUUCAAAAGUUUGGAGUCAGUGAGAAGUGUGAUGUUCUGAAAUGUCCCUAUGAACUGAAACAGACACAUUACCAUUGCAUGAAGUCUGGCUGUAACUAUGCAGUGCUGGGUCCUGCACAAAUAGCAUCCCACAACAUCAAGCAUGCUAAUGACUCUCUGUAGCAAAUGCAAGUUUAUGAACAAUUUUAUACAGCUUCACAGUUUAUUUCAGUUUGUUACAUCAUUAUCAAUCAUGGACUAUCAUAUUUUCAUUUGAAAAGACUCUUUUUUUGGUUUAAA